UCCCACGUUUGGGAACCGCCCCCGCGCAUCAGUCGAACCAAACUUUGCUAAAUCCCCUUUUCCUUCCUCUGUCUCCGGCAAAAUCAUUAGGAAAAUCGGACGAUGGAGAACAGCCAGAGCUCCAUGUCGUGCGAGAUGCUGGACCGCGUGGCAUACUGGGUAGGUUCCAACGUGGCCACCGCCUUCUUCGCGUCCUUGGAGCGCUGCUCCUGCAUCAACCUCAGCACAACCGACCUCGACGACGAUUUCGACAACGAAAACGACGACCGCCCUCUCAUGCUCUCCAAGCCCGUCUCCCUCCCCGAACUCAAGCCCGAUACUGUGCCCGAGACCGAGCCCGAUACCGUGCCUGAGACCGAGCCCGAGACCGAGCCCAAACCCGCCACGACGCCCGCUUCCCAAACCGAUUAGCUCCCAGUCGAAUUCCCGUUCAUUCACCGUCCAUCCGAUUCUCAUCCUCUGUCUAGGGUUUGUUUUUGCUUUGUAAUUUUUCUCUGUUUCGCUCAUGUAAUUCCACGUCUUGGGGGGGGGUUCGUUGUUGCUUCAUGAAACUGGGGUUUUGUUUCGAUUACCGUCCGUACGUUUUUGUUGUAAAAAAAUUUUGGAUAUCUAUUUGGUGCAAUAUGUGUGAUAGUUAUGCACUCUGUUUUGAUAUAAGAAAAUUGUGUUUGAUCC